UAAUUAUUCACUUUAAAAUAUUUAUCUAUAUUAAUUUAAGUUUUUUAAGAAAUGGGUUCAAUUCGUCCAAUUAUUUUUGUCUGUUUAAUAUCAAUUUGUUUUACAAUUAUUCUUGCCUCGGAUUUAAAUGAGAAGAAAGAUGUCUUGCCGAAAAAAAUUAAUUUGGAAAAUAUUAAUGAGAAAAAACAACAAAUUGGUGAAAAAACAGAAAAUGAUGAGCCUGGAAGUAAGAAAUUUUUGAGAAGUAAAUUAAAAAUGGUUACGGCUGCUCAAGUUGAAGAAAUUAAUAAAAGUAACAAAAAAUGGAAGGCUAAAGUGCACUCAAAAUUCGCUGACAAAACCCCUACAGAAUUAAACAAAUUUCUCGGUGUCAAACCAACAAUUGAUGAAGAACAAAAAUUAAAAAGAAAUGAACAACUUAAAUUAUUAAAAAGAAAUAGAAGAAGUAUUGAAAAUAAUAAAUUAUUAGAAGAAUAUAAGGAAUUUGAUGCUAGAACCGAAUGGCCUGAAUGUAAAGAUGAUCAAUCUGCUUGUGGAAGCUGUUGGGCAGUUUCUUCUGCCUCUGUGAUGCAAGACAGAAUUUGUAUAUCUACUGGCGGUGAACUUAAAGUGAAUAUAUCUUCUGAGGAUAUUUUAUCUUGUGAAAAAACAAGCUAUGGUUGUAAUGGUGGUUAUCCAGAAGAAGCUUUCAAGUUUUGGCAAGAAAAAGGUGUUUGCACAGGAUCUGGUUAUUCAGAUCAUGAAGGAUGCAAACCAUAUCCAUUUCCUCCUAAUCCUGAUGAGUAUAUGUAUUCUACACCAAGAUGUAAACGUCGUUGUGAAAACCGCAAAUAUAAAACAAAAUAUAACAAAGACAAACAUUAUGGACAAGAACCUGUGAGUCUACAAGAUUCUGACGAGACUGAUAUAAUGAAAGCAAUUAUUGAAGGAGGACCUGUCGAAGCUAAUUUUAUUGUUUAUUAUGAUUUCUUCUCCUACAGCGAAGGAGUUUAUGAAGCUGGUGAUGGUGAAGAAAUGGCUGGAGGACAUGCAAUACGUAUUAUUGGCUGGGGUCACCAUAAUAAAACCGAUACUCCUUACUGGCUGAUUGCAAACUCUUGGGGAGAUCAAUGGGGAGAGAAUGGCUACUUCAAAAUUGCUCGUGGACAAGACGAGUGUUUAAUUGAAAGUUGGGGGACAAAUUAUGGAGAUCCAGCACUUGAUAACAACACACUUGCAAGUGAAGGUGCUAAGCGUGCUUCUAAACGACGUGAAGAGAAGCGUCAAAAAUUAGCAAAUAUUGAGUCAAUGAGGCAAAAUUAA